AUGCCCAGGGCUAAUAAUAACGAAAUUGAUUAUUCAAAUAUAAGUAUAACAGGUAUAAAAUCAGAAAGUACUCCAAUACAACGUAAGUCUGUUGAUUUUUCAGAUUAUAUUACAUCAGAAACAAAACGAACAAGUAAUAAUACAAGUACUUUGAAACAAAAUAAUUUAGAUCCAUUAGAAUCAGAUGAUACAACAACAGCAGAAGAAUUAGAAGAAUUAGUUACAUUACAUCCAGAAUUAAAUUUAGCAAAAAAGGAUGGAGAUGAAAUAAAUCCAGUAAAUUUAGCUCAUAUAAUGUUUUCACCAAAGAAAAAUAAACAACCACCAAAACCACAAGAAUUACCACAACAAUCAAAAUCAAUACAAAAAUCAUCAUCGGAGAUACUUAAUCCAUGGACUCCAUAUAUUUUAACACUAUAUUUUCAAUUAGUUGUCAAUGUGAUACUAUGGUCAAUUCUCAUUUAUUUUAUUUUCAUUUCAAUAACGACGAUAAAAUCAGAUAUAAACAAAAAGGUAGAAUCAAAUACAUUAGAAAUUCUAGAUGAGAUUUCAAAAUGUAGUAAAUUGUAUUUAUUGAAUAAAUGCAAUUCAAAAAAUCGCCCAUGGGCCAUUGAAAAAGAAUGCGAAGCUCUUGAAAAAUGUCAAAAUCAGGAUCCUACAUCAGUUGCAAGAUCUAAAGUUACAAUGGAGGUGAUUGUGGAGAUAUUGAAUACGUUUGCUGAAAGAUUACACUAUAAGACUUUUUUCAUUUUUAUUUCAUUUUUGAUUUGUUGUAUUUUAUUAACUAGUUUAAAUUUGAGAAAUUUUCAAAAGUUGGGACCAAUGGAGAAUAAUAGUAGAUUGAAGAUUAAAGAGAAUUAA